AUGGCUACUUUCAAUAUCAUCGUCCUUCUCUCGUUCCUCUCAUCCAUCGUCUCCGCCCAUUUCUCUAUCGAGUAUCCACCACCGAGAGGUGAUUCCUUUCUUCCACCAGCUUCUCAGUGGGAGUAUCCAUGCGCAAACAUCAACACUACUGAGAACCGUACUCUCUACCCUACUACUUCCUUCCCCAUCAAUCUUGACUUGCAUCAUCCAUGGACAUAUGUAUUCAUCAACCUUGGCCUCGGUAUCAACGGUUCCUCUAACCUAAAUAUCUCCCUCACACCCUCCCCCUUGAACACCACUGGAUCCGGCUACCUCUGUCUCUCCGACUUCGAUUUGCCCUCCGGCGUCACCCUUGAAGAUGGCAUGAACGCCACAAUUCAAGUUGUUACCGUUGGCGAAAGCGGAAGUGCACUCUACAACUGCGCAGAUAUCACCUUCUCCAGCAACGUCACUGCACUCAAAGCUUCAGAUAACUCAACUCAAUGUCCUACCACCCCUGGUAUCACAGUCACCACACUGACCGAUGCUUCAAACACCACUUCCGACUCCAGUUCCACAAACACCACAUCUAGUACUUCUGCCACUGGUACUUCAAUCGGAUCGAAAAGUGCCGGUGGUUCUUUGAGUGCAGUUGUUGUAUUCCUAGGUGCUUUUGGUAUUGCUGGACUUUUAGUCAUUUAAUUUCACGGGAAAGAAUGACGAUCACGAUAUCGAAGGAGUAGAAAAGUAUGGACCGUCGACACAUUUGAGUACAGGAAUCUGGACUUAGUCUAAUAGAAAC